UCCUGUCGCCGGCUUGACAGCGGCGGAGCAGCCGGGGCUCAGCGGUGCGCGGAGGGCCGGGUGGAGGUGGACUGUCACCGGCGACGCACGCUCUCAGCAGGCCGGCCGAACAUGCCUGAGCGCCGCGUGUAGACGGCGCACGGAGCCGAGCGGAGCGGAGGGUUUCCCAGCGCACGGACCGCCAGCCAGAGCCGAGGAAGACACGGACGGCAGGAUGUGGCAAGUUUUGGCUUGCGGCGCCGUACUUUUCCCCGGACUGUUCUUCGCCUUCAGGAGGAUCCUGCCGGCCGUUUUCAAGCAGUGGAGCGAUGCCGACGUGGUGCUGGUCAGCGAGAGGCUGGUGUCCUCCAUCCACGCCAUCAUGGCCACCGCGGCAGGAGUCGUCGUCGUGUCCUCGUGCCGGGGAAACGUCAUUAACGACAGGCACUGGCUGGCUACCUACUUUGUCAUCUGGUACGGCGUGCCCUACAUGACAUACGACAUUUACGCCAUGUACCUCAGCCACUUCUACCGCUUCCGAGUCAAAGGGCACGAGGAGUACAAGCAGCACUCCCUGAAGACCGUGAACUCCUUCGUCCGCAGGGAGUUCCUGCUGGUGCUGCAUCACAUCGCCCUGCUCACCAUCCUGCUUCCCGUCACGCUGUUUUUCAGAAAGGACCAGGGGGAUUUCUUCAUCGGCUGCUUGUUUCUGACAGAGCUCAGCACGCCUUUUGUCUCCUUAGGGAAAAUACUUAUUCAGCUCAGCCUCCAGGACUCGUGGCUGCACAAGGUCAACGGCGGCAUGGUGCUGCUCACCUUUUUCAUGUGCCGCAUCGCCCUCUUCCCCUACAUGUACUGGGUGUACGGUCGCCACUACGGCAUCCCGCUGUACAGCGUGCCCUUCCACCUGCCGCUGUCCGCCAACCUGGGCAACUCCUGCAUCCUGGCCCCACAGGUCUACUGGUUCGUCCUGCUUUGCCGCAAGGGCUACCGCCUCUAUCAGCGCAGCCGAUGCAGGAGCGACACGUCUCCCACUUCUGCCGUCACAGACAAUGCCAAGGCCGAGUGAUUUCCAGUCAGUGGAUUACUGGCUUAGUCACACUCUUGGCUGCUAAUGCUACUACUUCUGCAGAGGCACUACUUUUACUUACCAUGUUCCCAACCCUGUAUCGCGACUGUUACUGUUGUUAUUACUGUAGUACACCAGGACUGCCUGCUUCUGUCCCACAGCUCCUCAGCAUUUACAGCGCAUUAUCAUUUCCCUUUGCUGCAAAUCUGCUGCCCUAAUAGACCCUCUAUAUCCAAUCCAGUGCUAGUGAUGUUGGGGUUUUUUUGGAUUUAGUGGAUCUGAACUGGGUCUUGUUGGACACUGAAUCCAUCCACCGCACUGACCAGGAGUCACCGUCGCUCCGCUGAGAAUAAAACAUGGAGUUAAAAAUUCAAGCAACUGAAGAGGAGCUCCCAUGGAGGAGCGGUUCACUCCCUCCUCCUCCUACCCUGUGUUUACAGCCUCCGCCGGUUUGGAAGAUUCAGAAAAAAAAAAAAAAAAUGUGAAAGAGUGGCUGUUUUUAUUUGCAGGUUUUUUAUUUAUUUUUCUUUUUGUGCUUUAGUUUUACAAGUGUGAAGUGUGGAAUAGAUCUGUUUUGAAGUGAUGCACCCCCUAUCCAUUCGCUUAUCGUGGAGACAAGCAGGGGUGAGCAAAGUUAGUGGGCGGGAUGCAAAAAUCCGGAGUGGCUAGAGGUGGCAGUAUUAGUACUGAGAGGGGUGUUAGGCAAUUAAAAAGCAUCAGCACUGCAUGACACCUCAUUUUAGAGCUAAAAAACAAUAUUUUUGCACCAGUUAGAUACAUAUAAUGCAGUUAAUGUGAUAGACUGUGACUGUCCAUCCCUGUUCACUUUUUUUGUAGUUUCCUGUAUGCCGUGUCACCAUGGCAUCAGUUUGCAAAUGUGCAGCUGCAAUCCCAGGCCGAGUUUUUAAUGUUCCUGCCACAUUGUCUCCCAGUCGCCACUUACAAUAAAAGUCCCACUGCUCAGCACUGAUGAGAGAUCACAAAAGGGAGUUGAUCUCUUUCACCAAGUGCUGCAUUCAUGUUCCAUGGGAAAACUGCUAGACCUAAGUUCUACUUUUUGGGACGCAGGGUUUAACAGUUCUGGCAUCACCAACAAGCAAAUACCUGUAGUCGAGUGAAGGAGGUGAUGCAUUCAUUUCAAAUAAAUACAGCGAAAUGAAGGUUUUCAUCACAUAAGUUACAACUCUUUAAAAUAAGAGUUACUCGCUGGAUUUUUGGCUUGUGAUCGACAUUGUUCGCUGCAAAACAUCAACUCUGAUGCUACGUGAGAGAAUAGUCGAGUCAGGAACAGCCAAAGUCAACGGAAAGCUUCAAUUAUUCAAGUUGUUCCCACAGUUAUUCCCAUUAGACUUGAAUGCAGCAUGAGGCUGGAACACAGGCUCCUUUACUGUAGGCCAGAGAGGAGGAAAAAACAAGAGGUGUCACUCUGACUCUUAUUUCCAGACAUGAUAAAGUGAAUAACAAUGCCGAGUGGAGAGAAACAUCAAAGAGCAGAAUCUAAAAAAACAUGUUAACAUGUUUCAAGAUGCCCUUUAUAGAAUUCAACUUAAUAUGGACCAAAUUAUAUCCGAUCUAAAAGUUAUAUUGACAUCCAGAGCUAAACUUUAUGUUUUCAUGAUGAGUUUUUGAAAAUAACAGCUUUGUUUUUGUUUAUGUCAUAUCAGUGGGGGAGGGUUUAUAUCCGCUUUUACAGACCAGAAUGUAGGCCAGUUUGUCUUUUUUUUUUUUUUUUUUUUUUCUUUUGAGUGAGUCAUCUUCUCAUAGACAAUCUUUGUUUGGACUAAACUGAAGCUCUGCAGCAUUGCCAUGGUGACAGACUGAGCUAUUGUAGUGCAGCAGGGAGCAGCACAAAGUCUUUUAGGGUCAUUUGUGGUCAAAUUUAAUGGAUGUUAAAUGUUUUUUUUUUUUUUUUUUUUUUUCUUACCUGCUCAGAGGUCAAGUCUGCCCAUUAAACCAGACAGGGGUGAUGGGAGAUUCCCUUUAAGAUCACAUGGUGCCUGGUUCAACUCAGGGCAAAGGUCAGAGCAAUAAGGUGAGCAUUGGCCCACCGGUGCAAACUCGUGCACAGAGGAUUAAAAUUUCCAAGCAAGAGGUGGCAGGAGGAGUCAUUCCUAAUAAAAUUCCUAAUAAAAUUUAAUGUGAUCCAGUUCCCUUUUGGUUUCCCCCCCGAGGCCCGUAGUAUUUGUUAGUCACCAAAAGGACUGUUGUAUCUUUGUCUAGCUGUUCUGCAGGACAGUGCUUGGUGCUGUCUUCCUCUCAGUGUUACUGAGUGCUGGAUACUGGCUGGAUGCUCCACAUGCUAACUGUUAGCCUCCUGCCAUUGAGCUGGACUUCCCCCCGGCUAACAUUCCCUAAAAAUAACCGUCUUAAUCCGCUCAAAUUAUGAGGUAAACAAAGUUUGAGCUUGAUGAUGCGCAGCAGAAAUUUUAUUGCCUGGAAUAUCAUAUUAUCAUUUGUCAAUGGUAGAGGUAUUUUCUUGUGCUGGUCCUCAGUCGCUACGGUGGCUUGCAGGUGCCUGAAAGGUGUGUGUAAUGUGUGAUAGAGGAGAGCGGAGGAAACGAAGAAGCUAGCCACAGCAUUACUUUGCCAGCCAUGUUUUAGUAAACCGGACGAGGUUGUUAUUGAUGUCCUCCACUAAAAAACUAAUCAUAGAAAACUCAAACAGUCCAUUUCUGUCUCUGUGGUGGAAUUGCUUCUUUGGGUCGGGGUGAUCAGGAUUGAUACUGGAUCUUUCUGGACACUGAUAGCAGGAAAAAUACAGUUCAUUAACAGUAAUUUGAGCAAAUCUAUCGUCUGUGUUUGCUCACUAGUCGCAUGUACAUUUUAGUAUUGGAAAGCGGCACUUGUAACGUGAUGUUAAAUCUCGUUUGAAUGGAUUAAAACGGUUAUUCUUAAGGCUGUUAGCCGGGGGGAAGUCCACCUCAAUGGCAGGAGGCUAACAGUUAGCAUUUGGAGCACCCAGCCAGUAUCCAGCACUCAGUGACACUGAGAGGAAGACAGCACCACUACUGUCCUACAGAACAGCUAGAGGGAACGUGAAAAAAUGUGAUAUUUUUGAAAAUGGUUGAACUGCCCCUUUAACAUGAAGAAUGAGCUUAUGAGAUUCUCAGAAAUGCAAGCUUUAUAGUAAAAAAAAAAAAAAAAAAAUCAGUACGCAUUACAGGCCACACCCUGUGCCCUGGAGAUGUAAACUAUGCAAAGACAUCUUGUUGUACCUUUAAAUCACUUCUGUCACAUGAUGUCAGGGCCCCUUUAAAUUGUAUGGGGCCCUUCAUACACUUUCUGCGAUAUUUACGUGCUCUACACUGUUACACCGGGAUGAUGUUAUUCCAUGCAGCGUGUUGCACUUGAAGAUCUCGUGCUGCGCUCCAAUUCAAGUUGAAAAUCACAAAUUUCAAGCAGGCAGGCAGGAUCGUACCUGAGAUCUGUGUUCUGCUCCAGCUCACAAACUACAGCGGGAGAAUCAACACCUUUUUCCGUGUCCAAAGUUAAAUCCUGUCAUUGUUAUUAGCUGGCUAGUUUCAGUGUUUAACCACGUACCACACAGGCGAUCUUAUGGAAAAUCAAACCCAGGUGUAUUUUGAGCAUUAUACGCUUUUUAAAAGUAAUUCUCUGUAGUUUUUACGGUGCAUGCCAUCAACUGUAUCUCAUGGAGAGUUCAAAUUUCUGACUUUCCUUCAUUUCUAGAACGCAGCAUGGGCACUCCUUUGUUUUAGUCAUCAGUGCGCUGCUGUUGUGUUAUAGCUCCUGUAGUGUUUGUGUGGACUGUGUGGGCAUCUUGCUGUUCGUUCCUGCACGGCACCAGCUGCAAACAGCAGCCUCCUGUGGGUUUUUGGUCUUUGAAAACAGCAAUGGGUGUUUUGUUGCGGGGCAGUGACAAACGGCCCUGUUUGCUAAGCGAUAGAGUGAGGAUGAGGAGGAGAGUGAGGAGAGCGAGCCGCUGAAUGAUGGGCUUGUUUAUCUGCUUUGGCUUAGGCCCAGGACAGAGCUGGACAGAGCAGGACAGGGCAGGCCGUCGGCUUUCUGGAAAUCAUUUCAGCCUCUUUUGUCCCUGGCUGACCACGCCACUGUUACUGGAAACAUCCCAGGUCUUUUGUUGUGCUUUCCACUCUCUCUCUCUCUCUCUCUGUGUUUCAGCCCAAUGCCGCUCUUUUCUGUGUUCUUUUUCACCCCGUCCUCUAAUGCUGUCUCCAGGAAUGUAGUGGUAAAUAAAACGGUGGGUGAACUAUGACCCUCUGAUUAGCUCGACAUCGUCGGCAUAACGGGCCAUCUGAUUAUUACGGCGGGACAUUCGGCAGCUCAAGUGCGCCUUGUGCUUUGAGACUGGCCUCAUUUUGAUCCUUGAAAGACUUUCUAGUGAUGCACGCUGUGAGUUUACCUCAUAACACGGCAGAGUUCACCCACCACUACACCCCUGCCUGUCCCGACCUGCUGUAUCCCGCUGUUUUUUUUUUUUAUGUCUGAAUGAAUUUCCAUCCAUCUCCAUCUUGCUUCAGUCAUAAUUUAUGAUUUUCUCUCUGUAAAUUAGACUAGACCAUCGAGUGUCAGGCCAUUUUCCACUCACAUGGACGUAGCAUGUCGCAGAUUACACUUUUGAUUUGCGGGUGACCCACUUCUCAUCUCGCAUAUUUCGUCCCCUCAAGCUCCUUUGCAUCCCUCCUUCUCUGUCCUCUCAUCACCUUCAGUCAGUCUUUCAUACUCCUCCCACCCGCCAAUACAUCGUGGAAAGAUUUCCCUGCCAGUUGUGCUGCUCGGCAGAUGUGGCGUGGCUGCAGAGAUCCUUUGCUGGCCAGAGGGAUUCCUCUCUCUUCUCUGCUGCCAUCUGUUGUCAGGUUAAUCCGGUUGUCCACUCAGCAGUUUAAAGGCCGGGAUUAAUUUGGCUGGAUGGCCGUUUCCUAAAGAGCGUGUGUGCAUGCUGCUUAAGAGUCUGUUGCCUUGAGGCUCCACAUAUUAUUGAAGUCCUCAACCAACAUGACCUCACCCUCCACUAAAUACACCGCCUCUGUCUGUAUUAUACCGUUAAGACUGGACAUAUGGCUGUGUUUUCAUGUGUUGGGUUAGUGUUAGACAGAGGCUGAUACACUUUAUGGAAGGUGAUUGGUUUGCACUCAAUAUUAUGUGUUGAUAUUUAGUAAUUGAAGCCAUUUUCACACCCCGAAUUUACAUUAUUUCUCCCGAGGACAUCGUUCUUAUUCUGUCUUGUUGAGACCAUCAUUAGACGCUAAAACUCUCCAAUGAAACUCAGCAAUAAAAUCCUUUCAGAGGGGUUGGCAGCUUCCUAAUAUGACUGUCAAUCAGCCACAAGGUGAUGUUUUAAAAAUUUUUUUGAAUCAGAAUAACCAAACGCUCCACAAACUGUGCAGAAAUGUACCCUCUUGACUUUUCAGAGAGUCACUGUAUUUAGUGCAGGUUGUGUAAAAUCCUACAAGGACAGUGGUGUGUGAUCAGUGUGCACCCCUUUAGACGAGCAUCCUCGAUUUGAUGGGCUGUGUUGACGGGCAGUUACCAUGGAGACGGGCUGACAGUCCAUGUUACAGAUUUAUUAUCAUUAUUAUUAUUAUUAUUAUUGUUAUUACUACUUUACAGCAGCAUAUAGGCAUAGCUCCUGGUUUCUGAAUUCAUGAAAAUGGUGUUAUAAAAUACUAAAAACAGAUUUCACACUUUAUUUUCUACACCUUAUUUUGUGUUGUUGUUUUUUUUUUUUUUUUUUUUUCUUCCUGUAAAUUGUGAAAAGAAAAUGAUACUUUUUUUUAGGGAUGUGUGAAGGUUUGGCUCAUGCCGUAUAAUGGAGCUUUCCAUUGACUGUCGGAUGUUCAGACGUCCAAGUCGGAGCUUUCCGCCUCUGAGCCGAACGCGUUCCAUUACAGCCAACGCGGAAGAAAACAUCCAUCUGUCCACACCCGCCAUUAGCUGCUACUAUUAAAAGAACACACCGCUGUAAGCCCACACCUUCUUAAAGUAACGUAAAGAACACUAGAUCGAAGUCGAGCGUGCUUUCAAAUGAAUAUCCAGUUGACAAUGUUCCGACUUAACUUUGCACUUUUCCAUGUAGGACGCCGAAUUUAUCCCGUUUUUUUGAGUUCAAUGGAAAGCCCCAUAAUUAUGUUGCUUCUUGGGCAAAGUGAUGACAUUGUAGGAGCAGCCUCGGUCUGAUUUCUGUGCUGCAGACAUUCCCUCUUCCAGCCAUCCAAACUGCUGGCCUUCAGGAAGGAGCCGUGUUCACGUUGGCAGCGUCGGUCGGCUCCAAAUCUUUUAUUUUUGAUGACGGCGCUGCACUGGCAAAGCUGUACGUCGGUCUAACCCCCGCGUGAAGUGCAGUCGCCUCUGCCUCCGCCGCCAGCAGUCUGGAUCGCUGUCAAGCACAAUUAUCCUGCACAUAAACACAAUCAUGAGUGUGAGAGUCCCACAGUGAGCAUCAUGAACGCAUGCACAUGGCACACAUAUCCAAGCUAUUCUUUCGCACUGAAUAGAUAUUUUUCUAAAGAAUCGUCAAAAUAGAAAGUCUUAACACUCGGCCUCGCAGAAGGCGUCCUCUCUUUGCUCAGGGUUCGAUGAAGAGGUUCACAUUAUGUCUGUAUAUCUUAACGGCUUGUUCCAAGAUGAUGAAAGUGAGAUAUGAGGAAAACCUGGUCUGUUCUGAACACUGUCCCACCUGGAGUGACACUGUUUUCUCCUGUGCAUGUUUUCUUUUCUUUUUCUUUU